GUCAGUCGCCAGCGGAUCCCGCGCGCUGGAGAAGUGCAGUUCCCCUUGGUUACCAACUCUUCCGUUCUUCCUUCGCGCUGCGGGCGCCGUCGAAAAAGGCUCACCAAAGGCGCAGUCAUUUCUUCGAUAGUGCCCGCCGCUGCUACUGUGCAUUCCCCCGGAGCUAGCGCGCUGUCUUCUUCCCCAGCCACUGACAGGCGCCCUUAGGGAGCCGCCAUCCGCGAUGUCAAGCGAGGAAAGCUACCGAGCCAUCCUACGAUACCUGACAAACGAUCGCGAGCCAUACGCUCCCGGCACCGAGGGCAAUGUCAAGCGUAAGAUCCGCAAGGCGGCGGCCUGCUACGUGGUGCGCGGCGGAACCCUGUACUAUCAGCGGCGGCAGCGGCACCGUAAGACCUUCGCGGAGCUGGAGGUGGUACUGCAGCCCGAGCGGCGCCUGGGGCUCAUCGAGGCGGCGCACCUGGGCCCGGGCGGCACUCAUCACACCCGGCAUCAGACCUGGCAUGACUUGUCCAAGACGUACUGGUGGCGAGGUAUAUUAAAGCAAGUGAAAGAUUACAUUAAGCAGUGUAGCAAAUGUCAGGAGAAACUAGAUCGUUCCCGUCCGAUAUCAGAUGCUUCAGAAAUGUUGGAGGAAUUGGGGCUAGACCUUGAGUCUGGAGAAGAAAGUAAUGAAUCAGAGGAUGACCUGAGCAAUUUUACUUCACCUCCAACUACAGCUUCUAAGCCUGUGAAAAAGAAGCCGGUAUCCAAACAUGAACUUGUAUUUGUUGACACCAAAGGUGUGGUAAAACGAUCUUCUCCAAAACACUGUCAGGCUGUCUUAAAACAACUGAAUGAACAGAGACUUUCCAACCAGUUCUGUGAUGUUACUUUGUUAAUUGAAGGAGAAGAGUACAAAGCUCAUAAAUCCGUUUUGUCAGCUAACAGUGAAUAUUUUCGAGAUCUUUUUAUUGAGAAAGGAGCCGUUUCUGGUCAUGAGGCUGUGGUGGAUCUUUCUGGUUUUUGUAAGGCAAGUUUCCUUCCUUUACUAGAAUUUGCCUAUACUUCUGUGCUAAGUUUUGACUUCUGUAGCAUGGCUGAUGUAGCCAUCUUGGCUCGUCAUCUUUUUAUGUCAGAAGUUUUAGAAAUCUGUGAAAGCGUACAUAAACUAAUGGAAGAGAAGCAGCUAACAGUAUAUAAAAAGGGUGAAGUACAAACAGUUGCAUCUACCCAGGACUUACCAGAACAGAAUGGAGGAACGGCACCUUCUGUGGCUAGCAGUGGGGGAACUACAACAACUUUAUCUACUGAACUUGGGGAUUGUGAAAUUGUACUACUAGUAAAUGGAGAAUUGCCAGAAGCUGAGCAAAAUGGAGAGUUAAGACAGAUUGAGCCCCAGGUUUCUUCAAUGGCUGAAGCUUCUCUGUCUUCUGUCGGAUGUAUCACUGAUUCCCAUCCAGAAAUAAAAAUUGUUGAUAUAGCAACAAAAAACAACCAGACGGAACAAGAAACUUCAAACAGCAGAGAAGACACCACAGUUUCAAAUACUUGUCCUGAACUUUCAAAAGAAAAUGUAGUCAGUAACUCCCUAGAGAACAGUGAUACAGGAAACGAUACAUCACCUGAGGAUAUUUGUGCUGAGGAGAUUCCAGAACAUAGACAGAACCUUGCACAACCUUUAAAAGAUGAAGAAGAUCUAGUUGUGCCAACAGCAAAGGCAGACCUUGGCCUUGAUGGUGAUACCUACAGAAGCAGGCUUCGGCAGCGUUCUGUUAGUGAAGGAGGAUAUAUCAGACUACACAAGGGAAUGGAGAAAAAGCUGCAGAAACGGAAAGCUGUUCCCAAGUCAGCAGUUCAACAGGUAGCCCAGAAAUUAGUUCAAAGAGGAAAAAAGAUGAAACAGCCAAAAAGGGAAGCUAAAGAGAACACUGAAGAAGCAUCCCAUAAAUGUAGGGAAUGUGGGAUGGUUUUUCAGAGACGGUAUGCCCUUAUAAUGCACACACUGAAACAUGAAAGAGCUAGAGAUUAUAAAUGUCCGUUAUGUAAAAAACAAUUUCAGUACAGUGCUUCCUUGAGAGCACACCUUAUUCGACAUACCAGAAAAGACGCACCCACUUCAUCCUCUUCCACUUCCACAUCUAAUGAAGCAUCGGGAACAUCAUCUGAGAAGGGCAGAACCAAACGAGAGUUUAUAUGUUCCAUAUGUGGAAGGACAUUACCGAAAUUAUAUUCUCUUCGAAUACAUAUGUUAAAGCACACAGGUGUGAAGCCACAUGCAUGCCAGGUCUGUGGAAAGACUUUCAUCUAUAAACAUGGUCUGAAAUUACACCAGAGUCUCCACCAAUCACAAAAGCAGUUCCAGUGUGAACUAUGUGUUAAGUCAUUUGUUACCAAACGAAGUCUUCAAGAACAUACGAGUAUUCACACAGGAGAGUCCAAGUACCUUUGCUCAGUUUGUGGGAAGUCUUUUCACAGGGGCUCUGGACUUAGCAAGCACUUAAAGAAACACCAGCCAAAGCCUGAGAUACGAGGCUAUCAUUGUACUCAAUGUGAAAAAAGUUUCUUUGAGGCUAGAGAUCUUCGCCAGCACAUGAAUAAGCAUCUUGGUGUGAAGCCAUUCCAGUGCCAGUUUUGUGAUAAGUGCUAUAGUUGGAAGAAAGAUUGGUAUUCCCAUGUGAAGUCUCAUUCUGUCACUGAACCUUACAGGUGUAAUAUAUGUGGUAAAGAAUUUUAUGAAAAAGCAUUGUUCAGAAGGCACGUAAAAAAAGCUACCCAUGGGAAAAAAGGAAGAGCAAAGCAAAACCUGGAACGAAUAUGUGAACAAUGUGGAAGAAAAUUCACUCAACUGAGAGAGUAUAGGAGACACAUGAACAAUCAUGAUGGAGUUAAGCCAUUUGAGUGCUUAACAUGUGGAGUAGCUUGGGCUGAUGCCCGAUCUCUAAAACGCCAUGUCAGAACACAUACUGGUGAGCGGCCCUAUGUCUGUCCUGUAUGUAGUGAAGCCUAUAUCGAUGCGCGAACACUCCGCAAACAUAUGACUAAAUUCCACAGAGAUUAUGUGCCUUGCAAAAUUAUGUUGGAAAAAGACACACUUCAGUUUCAUAACCAAGGAACUCAAGUAGAGCAUGCUGUUAGCAUCUUAACAGCAGACAUGCAGGAACAAGAAAGCAGUGGUUCUCAAGAAAUUGAGACUGUAGUAGUGACAGGAGAAACUAUGGAGGCUCUGGAAGCUGUUGCAGCUACUGAGGAGUGCCCAUCGGUAUCUACACUUUCUGACCAAAGUAUUAUGCAAGUGGUUAAUUAUGUAUUGGCACAGCAGCAAGGACAGAAGCUUUCUGAAGUUGCAGAAGCUAUUCAGACUGUUGAAGUAGAAGUGGCACAUAUUGCAGAAGCAGAAUAA